UUGAAAAUAUUGGCGCUUGUCGUGGUAGCUAUGGCCAUAUGAGCUUCGCUAGCGAAUUAUUUUUUUCUAACACGAACUGCUUGUCUCACAUCAGAAAGCGUUUGUCGUGUUAUUGGCAUGAAAGAUAACCGUUACUGACAAAAGCAACACUUGAGACACUGCAGAGGCUCCAGAAUGGCAAAUGAUGUGUGCAGCCAUGUAAAGGUGGUUGUUCGAGUGAGACCAACCAGCGAAAGUGAGAAGCGUGAAAACUGUCGGACUGUGGUCCAGGUUGUUGAUAACCACAUGCUCAUAUUUGACCCCAAGGAAGAUGACACAUGUUUUGGGUCACAAAGAGUACGAAACCGCAAUAUCAACAAGAAGGCUAACAAAGACCUGAAGUUUGUAUUUGACCAUGUCUUCGGUGAGAACUCUACUCAAGCUGACAUCUUCGACAGCACCACUAAAGGAGUGUUGGAUGGUGUGAUGAAUGGAUUUAACUGCACAGUGUUUGCGUACGGUGCUACUGGUGCAGGGAAGACCCAUACCAUGUUAGGCUCACAAAAUGACCCUGGGAUCAUGUACCGCACCAUGAAAGAGCUGUUCAAACGCAUGGAUGACGCCAAGGAGGAGAAAGAGUUUGCUGUUGCAUUCUCAUAUCUUGAGGUUUACAAUGAACAGAUCAGAGACUUGUUGGCUAAUGCAGGCCCUCUUGCAGUCAGAGAGGACAGUUCUAAAGGGGUGGUUGUUCAGGGCCUCACACUGCAUCAGCCUAAAUCUGCAGAGCACAUUCUUGAGGCUUUGGAUUCUGGCAAUCGCAACAGGACACAGCACCCCACUGAUAUGAAUGCCACCUCUUCCCGGUCCCAUGCUGUAUUUCAGAUAUAUUUGAGACAGCAGGACAAAACCGCCAGCCUCAAUCCUAAUGUCUGCAUUGCCAAAAUGAGCCUGAUCGAUCUGGCAGGCUCUGAGAGAGCCAGCGCCACCAAUGCCAAAGGAGCACGUUUGCGGGAAGGUGCUAACAUCAACCGCUCACUCCUUGCCUUAGGAAAUGUCAUCAAUGCUCUUGCUGACCCAAAGAGUAAGAAAACUCAUAUACCAUACAGGGACAGCAAGUUGACACGGCUACUUAAAGAUUCCUUGGGUGGCAACUGCAGGACUGUUAUGAUUGCCAAUGUUAGCCCUUCAUCCAAGUCAUAUGAUGACACACACAACACACUAAAAUAUGCCAACAGGGCGAAGGAGAUCAAGUCCUCGCUGAAGAGUAAUGUUGUAAGCCUGGACAGUCACAUUGGCCAAUAUGCAGUGAUAUGUGAGAAGCAACGACAAGAGAUUCUGCAGUUGAAGCAGAAACUAAAAGCAUAUGAGGAGAAGAACAUGGUGCCUGGGGGUUCUAACAUGAUCUCUUCCCAGAAACAAGCCGAGUUCAAAAGGGUGUCAGAAGUUCUGCAGCAAAUCUUCUCGGGCCGAGCCCAAAUCAGGAGCGAGCAGCUGGAUCUGGAGAGACAACUGAAGGAGAAUGAGCUGCGCCAGCGCUACUGCGAGGAGGACAACAUGCAGGUCCAAUACUUCUGUGCCAAAGAAAAGACUGAGAAGGCCACUUGUAAGUACGAGCGGAAGAUUGCAAGCUUGAGAACGCAGCAGCAACACAUUUGCAAACGUCUGAAGGAAGCAGAAACACAAUUUCUGGACAAUGAUGGCUGGCUUCAUCGUGUCGAGAAUGAGAUCAAGUUGCUUAAGUCGAACGAUCAGUCCUCAGAGGUUUUAGAGAAGGGCCUACAUUGCCACAGACUGGAGCUGCAGGUACAUGAUCUCGAACAACACAUCAAGCAGAUGGUCAAGCUCACUUCACUGCAGGACCAGGAGAACAAGCGCAUGCAGAAAAUGGUAAACAUCUUGUUGCCGGCUUACAGUCGAAACUACUCUGCAUUGCAUGGGGCUGGGCUGAUCACAGCCGCAGACGAGAUGGAGAACCAUGAACUGGAGCACCUUGUGUUGAGGGAGAGGGGCGUGGUCUGGGCAGACCAGGAACGGGUGGGGCAACAGCUGAAAGGUGACUCAAUUGAAGAGGAAUCACAGGAGGCAAAUGAGGCAGGAAGCACUGGGCUCUGCAGCGAGUUGGCGCCUGUCUUGUCUUUCUCACAUCUGCUAUACCACCAGAGUAGCCCCUGCAGUACAGAGGGGCGCACAAAAAGGACAUCACUGUGCAGUUAUGCUCCAUCACCAAAAGGAAAUCAGACCGAAAUGAAACAUGAACCAGCUCCUAGAAAGCCUGUCAGGAGAAAUCUGUGUGCAUCACUGCCACCUCACAGUCCCCAGCCCAAUGCCAAGAGCCAAGUGUUUGAGGAGGUCAUGUUCCCACUUCAGUGCACACCAGAACCUGCUCAAAUGACUCAUCAGGCCCUGCUGCUGGGCUCAUCCAGUGCCAUGGAUCCAAACAUGACCUUUGAAGUUCUGGACAAUGAUGAUCAAACUGCAAGUAAUGCAACUAUGGUAAUAAGCAGCACUAGUCCCAGUCAAGCAUCAAAGUCCGCCAACAUCUCAGGUCCGAGCCAGUUGCUCCAUCCUCCAAAGGCCUGCCAAGAGAGGAAUCAGAUUUUUGGCAAAAGACAGCAGACGAUGUCUUUACAAGACGUAAGACGAGCCAACCCGACUUACAUGGACAUGACGUCUGCUGCACAAGGAAAGCGUAAAUUUCACGGCAUCCGAGAAGGGUUGACUCAGGGAUUCUCUGCCCCGAAGCGCAUAAAGAAGGACCCCUCAGUCACCCAGAGGCCUCUCAGAGUGCAGCGUUUUGCUGGUUCAGAGGAGAACAAGCCUCGAAGAGUUGUGAGAAGCAUUUCUGAAGGAAAUCUUAGCCUUCUUGAACCUCAGAAACCGAAGUCAAUUUUGUAUAAAACGUCCCAACAGAUCAAACGAGUGACCAAACGGAUGUAAAGCAACAUUGUCUUUUAAGUUGGGCCAUUUUGUCCUGAAUGAACAUUUUCACUUUCCACUCUUGUCCGUCCAUAUUCAUCUUUUCAAAAUAUUUCUCAAAACCCUAAAAAAUGCUGUCCAAUGUAUAGUUCUCCCCAGCCCAAGCACCAGUGUAUUAAGAUGAAAAUGUAAUUUAAGUUGCAUUAUUUUGUCAUGCUCUUUGAUUUAACUGUACAUUGCAGUGAAAUUUUACUUGACUGUAUAUAAACUUUGUAUAGUUACUGUUCAUCUGUAUUGAUUAAACACCAAUAUUUGUCAUGUCUAGGCCUACCUUUAGAUUUUAAAACUCAUGUACGCACUAGCAGCAAGAAAUAAAAUGUCCUGUGGAUGUUGGUUGACACACUGUGUUUUAUGCUCUUUAUGUGCUUAGAACAAUUCUCUUAAACACUCAUCAGUCUAGUAGGUGACUUUUCCCAGGGCAGCUAAUAUCAGAGGUAGACCAUUUAUGACCUCAUAUGGAGAUAUGGCGAAAACCUAAAAAAAAAAAAUAAAAAACUGAAACUGCUCUUAAAUGAGAUUUGUAUUUUUAUUCUUUUUUAUUACUGUUGUACAAUUAAUAACAUGGGGUUAUAGAUAUUUCAUAAUAAAACUUAUUGCUGCUUGUAA